AUGGAAUCACACGCACCAGCAGUCGCUGGCAAACCAGACCCUCAGAAGGGACCAUAUCAAGCCACUCCUUGGAAUAUCCAGCUCUCUGCGACGGACACACCAGGUUUCACUCAUGUUGAGAACUUGGAGCAGAGAAGCGCAGACCGGGCCUCAGAUCUAGUUAUGAACAACCACUCGAAGUUUCAUACCUUUCAUGACGAAAUUGUGGGAUUCCACAAUCACAUUAGCCACCAUGUUUUAACGCUGUGGGCCUUGGGAGCUACUCCCGAUGAGAUGCAAGCUGCAUAUGACUUCAACAAGCCCUUUCAGCUUCUGACCUACUAUAACGAUCCUGCCGUCAACAUUAAAUUGCGGGAUCCCGGGUUCUUUCGACAAGGUCUAGGCAACUUUGAGCUAUAUGGAGACUAUGUGCGCUUCUUCCAGGCUGAAGUGGCAGCGAAGGGUAUCCGCACGGUCUUGAAGGACUACCUUUUCAAGGGAGACAUGUUGGCGGACGAUCUGCUAGCCCGACUGUUUUCCGGCUUUCUCCACCCAUUAAUCAAUCUCGGGUUUGCCUUAGAGUUUCAACAGCCAUUCUUGGUGGCGGAAUGUCUGGCUUCAACCUGUCUGCACCCGUCAUACCCGGCGGAAUUCCUCACCGCCACUGACCAGCAUUUGGAGUGCAACGGACGACCGCGAAGUCUCCCAUUCCUCUCCAUUGUGGAAGAGAUGCGUCUGGACCCGGUGGUCGCCACAGCGGUUGGGCCAGAAGAUGGCAACAAUCGAAUUGCCGAUGCGCUGCUGAAAAGAGCCCUCACGGAUCUAAUCCCUCACUUGUCCCACUUUCAGGUAGAGCGAACGGAGGAGGAUCUCGCGCGCAAGACGGCGGAGAUGCUGCAAGCCUCAACCUACAUCUGUGGUGCGGCCCAGCAUCCACGCAAAGUUGAAGCUCUUGACUUCGUGAUGCUGCAUUCACUGACGGCCGCCGUAUUCUUCCCCACGAUUAUUAGGCAGGAGUGGAUAAGCAUAGAGACACGAGCUCGGUUACUGGAGUGGAAGGGACGCUCAGACCUGAUCACCUACGCGGCCCUGGGAUGCCCAAAGUUGUACCCAGAUAGAAUCACCAGGUACCGACCCAAGCAAGCGGCAACUGGGUGGUCUGACGUGGUGCAGCGCGCACGAGUGUACCAGGACGAUGGACAUGCCUGCAAGGUCAUCCGGGCACUCAUGUGCGCCGAGAGUGUGUGCCAACCUUUCGAGGGGGAGGAAGGUUUUCCAUUGAAGAAGGCAGACUUUCUAACAGUGGCACACAUGGCAAUGGAUUCGGUCGAGCGUAUGUUAGAUCCAAAUUGGGUGCGGCAAACCGAAAAGGUCAAGCAGAUGUCGGCCGAAGGUCGCGGGCAGCACUCGCAGGUCUCUGCAAUCAUGUUGCGCUGGAAUACCACGGGGAGACUCUACCAACCGGUCAGAUUAUCCUCUAUCAGUACUCCUAGAGAAGACUGCACAAUUGCAAUGCGUCGGUACGCCAUCCUAGGCGCCACUGGCAACACCGGCCAGGCACUACUGAACGUCCUCCUGCAGUCGCCCGACAACCAGAUUCACGCCUACUGCCGUUCUGCCUCAAAGCUGAACAGAUUACAUCCUGAGAUCACUCAACACGAUCAGGUGAAAGUGUGGGAAGGGUCGCUGCAGGAUGCCUCGCUACUAUCUGAAUGCAUUCGAGGCACGCGAGCCGUCUUCAUGGUAGUGGCGAUUCCCGACAAUAUGCCAUACUGUACCAUCGCCCAGGACUGCACCAAUAGCGUGCUUAACGCUCUCAGAGAGCUCCAAACUGAAGGGUGCCAGCCUAUACCCCAGUUAAUUGUUCUCUCUUCUGCUAGCCUUGAGGACUCUUUGUGCACCGACGUUCCGCCCCUCAUUCACCGAAUCCUCAACAUAGCCGCUGGUAAUCUCUACAGUGACCUAGCAAAGGCCGAGGAGACCCUACGUGCUGAGAAGUCCUGGGUGUCAACAACAUUCGUCAAACCUGGGGGACUAGUGCACGAUGUGCAACGCGGUCACACUCUCAGCACAAAAACCGCGAAGACCCCGGUUUCUUUCCUCGAUGUGGCAGCCGGGAUGGUGGAGAUUGCUAACUUGGAGGAUAGGAGAUAUGAUAUGAUGAAUGUGAGCGUCAAUGCAAUCGGAGAUGGGACGGCGUUUCCGUGGAAAGGGGUAUACUAUGUGCUGACUGGACUGCUCUUCCAUUUCUUUCCUUGGACCUACAAGUAUUUCGGGGAUUGCCCCAUGCCCAAGCCCAAGAAAGAUCUAUAA